UUGCCGGAUGGAAGAGGAUCAGUUGUGCUUUUAAACCUGGUAGAAAUUCUUUUCAUGACCAUGAUUCUGGAAGGAAGUGGUGUAAUGAAUCUCAACCCAGGCAACAACCUCCUACACCAGCAGUCAGCCUGGACGGACAGCUACCCCACGUGCAAUGUUUCCAGCGGGUUUUUUGGAGGUCAGUGGCAUGAGAUCCACCCUCAGUACUGGACCAAAUACCAGGUGUGGGAGUGGCUCCAGCACCUCUUGGACACCAACCAGCUGGAUGCCAGCUGCAUCCCCUUCCAGGAGUUCGACAUCAACGGCGAGCACUUGUGCAGCAUGAGCCUCCAGGAGUUCACACGGGCGGCGGGCUCAGCCGGCCCUCUCUACAGUAACUUGCAGCAUCUUAAGUGGAAUGGCCAGUGCAGCAGUGACUUGUUCCAAUCCACACACAAUGUCAUUGUCAAGACUGAACAAACUGACCCUUCCAUCAUGAAUACCUGGAAAGAAGAAAACUAUUUAUACGACACCAACUAUGGUAGCACAGUAGAUUUAUUGGACAGCAAAUCUUUCUGCCGGGCCCAGAUCUCCAUGACAACCACUGGCCACCUUCCUGUCGCAGAGUCACCGGAUAUGAAAAAGGAGCAAGACCACCCUGCAAAGCCCCACACCAAGAAACACAACCCGAGAGGGACUCACUUAUGGGAAUUCAUCCGCGACAUCCUCCUGCACCCAGACAAGAACCCAGGGCUGAUCAAGUGGGAAGACCGCUCCGAAGGCAUCUUUAGGUUCUUGAAGUCCGAGGCCGUGGCUCAGCUGUGGGGGAAAAAGAAGAACAACAGUAGCAUGACCUACGAGAAGCUCAGCCGGGCCAUGAGAUACUACUACAAACGAGAAAUCCUGGAACGCGUGGAUGGACGGAGGCUGGUUUAUAAAUUUGGAAAGAAUGCUCGCGGGUGGAGAGAAAAUGAGAACUGA